GAGACGCUCGAGGACCGGCUAUCGGCGCGCCUGACAGCACCCGCAGCCGCGCAGGUGGACGUAGUGGUUGGCACCUCCGCUGACUCGGACCGCGCCGCCGCGAUCGUCUCGCUGAUCAAUGAGGCGUACGGGUAUGGCCGCGAGAGCAAGGGCGGCGUCCUCCGCCGCCUCGCUGCGGGCGACGCCGGCUCUGGAGCAAACCGGGUGCUGCACCUGGCGCUCGCCCAGUGUGACGGAGGAACGGAGGUGGUCGGCUGCUGCUCCUCGACACUCUGCACUGGCUGGACCCCGUGGGGGUGCGGCCACUGGGGGCUGAUGGCGGUGCGGCCCGACAUGCAGGGGCGGGGAAUUGCCUCGGCGCUCGCGGCUGCGGCGGAGGCGCGGCUGGCCGCGGCUGGCUGCCACAGCGUGCAGAUUGAGUACGAGUACCUCGGGGACGCGUACUCGGAUCGACUCUUCCUCUGGUACGAGUCGUCCGCCGGCUUCCACUGCUCCCAAGGCAAGCCGCGCGCCGGCUGCCACCAGUUCCGGCGCUGCAGGAAGCGACUCGAGCCGGCCCCGGGCGAGAAGGGCAGUGCCGCUGCUUCUCUGCCGCGAGUCCUGCCGUUGUGCCAAUUGAUGUGAAACUAGUAGGAGCGCAUGUCCGUGGGAAACGUUGAGUGAAGCUUGCACCGCCCUUCCCGAUGCACCAUCGUACAGCACACGGUACCGCCGGGGUAUGUACCAUUAUUCGUGUAUACAGAUCGUGUAGAUAUUUUCUUUAUUCU